CGAUACCAGUUCAGACCGGGUCGGGUUUAAUAAAGCACGUCACCCAGCAACGAUCGUGCAGCCCAGGAAAUGCCAUUACUCAGCAGCUCUUAUCCACAAACACAAUAACAGCCUCACUCUUUGGUAGCUGGUUGACGACCCAAGACUCUAAACUUCGCCUCAACAUCACUCUCGAGAAAACUCAUUCUUAGCCUCUAGCUUUGAUGGCUACUGCGUUCUCUUCAACGACACCACUCAGGUCCGUCUUCCAAUCCAAGCCAAAACCUCCCAAAAUCCUCCUUUCUCUUCCAGUUUCGUCUUAUGGUGCAAACUACAAUGAUAACAACCGUUCACAUAGUGCCGCUGUGAGUUUGUGGAGCUCGACUUCUCACUACGCCGGUGCCACCAAACUUUCCGCCAACUCCAUUGCUGUGAAGCAGUUGUUGCAGAAGAGAAGAGGAGUGAUACAGUGCGCGACCAUUGAAGAAAUUGAAGCGGAGAAGUCCUCUAUUGAGAAGGAUGCUAAAGCAAGGAUGGAAAAGACCAUUGAAACAGUCAGAACCAAUUUUAAUUCUGUAAGGACAGGCAGGGCAAACCCAGCAAUACUAGAUAAGAUUGAGGUGGAGUAUUAUGGAAGCCCAGUCAGCUUGAAGAGCAUAGCUCAAAUCAGUACUCCUGAAUCAAGUUCUCUUUUAGUCCAGCCAUAUGACAAAUCCAGCUUAAAGGCUAUAGAGAAGGCCAUUGUCAGCUCUGAUCUUGGUUUGACUCCAAAUAAUGAUGGAGAAGUGAUACGGUUGUCCCUUCCUCAAUUGACCUCAGAAAGAAGGAAGGAGUUGUCAAAAAUGGUUGCUAAACAGGCUGAAGAAGGAAAGAAAUUGGCUAAUGGGGAUACUCAACUGAGCCUACAGGUUCUCAGCUUUCUAAAUUAGGUUGUUAAUAAUUGUCAAGCUUGGCUUGGUUCUUGGUUUGUUUUUAUUCUACUCAAACUGAGUUUGACUUUGUUAAAUAUUUGUGCUGAUUAUAUCUUUCAAUUCAAGCCACUAAAAGAUGCAGAUCAAAAGCUUUUAAUCUGAGUAUUUGAAGCCUUAUCCUACGAGUUUGGCCCAAGGCCCUAGGAGGGAGGACACAUGAGAAUUAAAUAUAGUGUUCAAAACUGGACUGGACCAGCCAGUAAGACUGGGAACUGGAGCACUGGCUGGUCCAUCUGGUUUAAAAAUUGUUUUCUCCUUAAUAAUGUCAAAAAAUACAUUUUUGCUUAUUCAGGGUGUUGCCCUUAUCCACUUGACCAUCUUACUUGCAUUAAACAUCUGUGUGCAAACAAUUUAUUUAUUUUAAACCGAAUCAUUUAAUUAUUUUUAUCGUUUAUGUUGUUAAUAUAUAUUUAUUUUAAAGGGAUGAUUAAUUUUAUAUAUCUAAUUAUGAUUUAAUAUAUAUUGGUUGAAAAACUCUUAAAACCCUAUCUUCACCAGUUCAAUGAUUGGGCCGGAUUUAAAAACCUUGGAAUUAAAGUAGGGGUCCCUAUUAAAUGAAAAGGAAAACUGCAAAGGAGCUUGUUCAUGAACUUAAAUCAAUCCAAGUUCACCUGUAUUAAAUUUGUGUUUAAUUCAUUUAUUAAUAGAGCCAAAAUUUUAUGUUUAAAUUCAAUCACUUAUCUCAAUAAAAGAAACAUGAAGUUUUACUGCAUUUGUUUACAAGCUAGCUGCUGAUUGAACUAGUUCAUUUAUGGCCGGUAGACUACAUUAGAGUCAUUGAUCUUUUCCUUGAAAUGAUUUUUCUUAAUCUGUCUUUUCUAGGUAGCAUUGAGGAAUAUUAGAAGAGAUGCACUGAAAGCCUAUGAGAAACUGGAGAAGG